GGAGCUUGAAGACAGGAAGAGGCGAGGGGGGGGGGAGGAGAAGCCCCGCCUGUGUGGAACUUGAAAGACGCGCACGAGCUGAUUUUUGACUCCCCGCCCAGCCCGCCGCGAUGUUCUGUUCUCUCGGGCCGGGAACUCCUUGUUCCCAAGCCGAGUUUUAUUUUUGUGCUUGUUGUGCUCACAGGAGCGUCACUCAGCCCCAUUACGCCGCUUUGAAAGAGGCGCGCGCAAACCCAACGCUGCGCUGCAGGAGGAGGAAGCGGCUGGAAAGAGACCUCGGUGGGGAGGAGGAAAAGAACAACAACAAAACCCCCACAUCUUCCUCCACCCCCCCUAAAAAAAAAGGAGGAGCAGUUCUUUCGUUUACGGGGCUUGAGCAGCCGAAGCCCGCUUUUGCGAACUGCUGUGUGUUCCCAGCCACAUUUUCCCUCCUAAAAAGGCGCCCCCCCAAACAGCUUCUUGGGGUGGGAUUUCCGCCCCCCUCGCCUUUUUGAGCCCAACUCCCCAACCAUGAGCUUUUGCCAACUGCUGCUGUUCUCACCCCCCUUUUUCCUUUUUUUUUUUUGGGUGGGUGGAAGGAAGCGCCUUGAAACCGGCCCCCAAUCCGCCGGAUGCUUGUUGGAGGGGGCGGCGAGGCGGGGCCGUAGUAAGUUUUCUCGGGGCCGUGUUUGUUUCCCUGCCUGUGGCAGUCAGAACUAGGUCUGUGUGGCAAGCGCGAUUUCGCAACUUCCCUCCCUCCCCCACAGCGCGGCACGUGACGCAGCUGCUGUGGUGCCAGAUGACGUAAUCCCGGGGCGAGCGCCGCGAGCGUCUCGCACACCUCCCGGGCUCCUCCUAUUACGAUAAGCAAGUCCUGUUUGCUUUGCUCCAGCCUUGGGGGCCGAAGGAGCCGGGCUCCCUGAGCUCGCCCUGUGCCCGGCAGGCGCAGCAGCUGAUCGCCAGCGAGACAGGCCACCAAGCGGUCGGGAUUGUUUUGCAACUGCGAGAGACGCUCCUCUGAACUACGCGCAGGGUUUUUAAGCUACUGUUUCAACAACAGUGGUGACCUACAUUGUGAUUGGCUGGCUCUUAACCGGCAACCACCGAAGCAUGUUUGCAGGAUAAAUAGGAAAUACUAUAAUGAUGCGCUGUGUUUAGUAAGGUGGCCGACUUAUGCGCAAGCCCCUCUGAAAGAGAGUGUGUAUUGUCUGCAGAAGGUCCCUGGUUCUGUUCCUGGCACCUCCACCUACGGCCGGGGAAGGACUGCUGUCUGAAAAGCUGCUGUCAGAAAGUAGAUACACUGAGUUGGGUGGGCUAAAUAUGGGCCUUCAGCAGCUGUGUGGUAGGCAGUGAUUUUGUAGCUGCAGCCUCCAUCCCAAAUGCAGAAUCGAGCAAAAUGCUUUGUUCCUGCAGCUGUCUUAAGGAAGAGCCUGUGCAAUGGCAACAGAGCUGUGAUCUCAAGUAAGAAGUGAAUAAGAAAGAUAUUUGAAAAUUAACACCCAGGGCUGACUUUCAGGACCUUGGGGUACAGUUGCUGCAAGAAAAGCAUUUUAAAACGUUGGAUUGUAUGAGUUGAUUUCUAGCCUGUAGCUGACUCUAUAUGUAUGUAUGUAUGUGUGCAUGAACCAGUGUGCAUAGCAUUCAAUUUGACAACCCACUGCAAAAGUUGCUCUUUGAACCUUUUGUGGGGUUUUUAUUAGAGACGUGGUAGCACUUUCCCGUGAUGCGAGUGAAUUGUUUGCCUGCCUGCAAUCCAAUGUUUUUAAGACUGGAAAAGGGGACACUGUCCCCUCAAUAGAGGAUUGUUUAAACAAGCUAUGUGAAUUCAUAGAAUUGGCAAAAAUGACAGCAGCCGUUAGACUUCAGUCGAAUCAACAACUUAAGAAGGAAUGGAAUUGCUUAGAAGAAUAUAUGACAAAACAUCGUUCCAAAACAAAUUUAUUGAUAUGCAUGCACUAACUUUGUAAAGGUGUGAAAAAACUAUUGUAAGAUGGUUUUGAGAGCCAAAGUAACCAAUAUAUAUAGCACAAUGACUAGUUCAAUAUAUAUCAAAGGAUGUCGAGCUGUGGUGGAGGGAAGUCACAAUAGAAUGAGAUAGACACAGAAUGGAAAACGGGAAUUUUAUCCGUGUAUAUUCUGUAUACCUAGCAUAUAUUCCAUGUUAUAAUAAUUAAAUGAAAUAAAGAUUUAAAGCUCAAUGCGUUGAAGGCUGCUGCCUUGGCUCUUCUCUCUCACCAAGAGGAAGAAGCAGUUCAGAACUUGCAUGGCACCAACCUUUGCAGGGUGAGCAGCUGAGGGAACUACCGUAGAGGUGCCUUGUGAGCACUCUGCUCCAGUGGCCUGAAGUGGCAACUUGACAAGAUAUCAAGUUGAGGCCUGCCCUCGGCAGCCACGCUACCUGCCAGGACUUGUUCUGGUAUGCCUAAACCUCUCAAUGAUGUCAUUCAGCAUAGCUGUUUAUAAAGAGAGCAUGAAGGCUGCUGCUAUUUUUAACCUCUUUGCCUCUUCCCAAGCCUGAACACUGGAGGAAAGGCAGUCUUGCAAACACAUUGGCCAGUGUAGGUGGUGGUGGUGGUGGUCUGGAAAUGUACUCUCUACAAAACACAGUCCACUUAAGCAUCUUGGUAACCCAAACCUUAUAAACCCAAAUGUGUGUAUGGGCAGUAAGCCUUAGAGGUCACUUCACACAAGACACUUAAAUUGAUCUACAGUGUGAUGUCAAGGUGGGUCAUUACAGUAUUUGGCUGCAUUCUGUCUCUCACUAAUGCCAUUCAGCACUAGAGAAAAUGUGUAACAAUGGUGUGGGAGGACCUUGUAUUGAUGGAAACUCUCUCUCUCUUGCUGGCCUUGAGAUCAGCUUUGUCUGCAAUAUGGAUGGAUGAAAGGGGGCAGGGCAAAAGUCAAAAUGCUAAGAUUAUGUGGGCCAAAGGCAUCAGAUUUGAUGAAGCCAUGCACCCAAACUUAACUGUACAAAUCGUGUGUGUGUGUGUUGAAUCCUGAACAGUCCGUGAUGCCCAAGUCCAUUAGCAGCUGGUGACUUAACAUUUUAUUGUAAAUUGUAGCUAGUUCUACACUGCAUACACACAGCAGGUGGCGUUUGGCCACAUUCAGUGCUAAAAGUACAUGAACAGUGCAAUCUUUCAUGCACGUUAACAUGAAAGUCACACUGCAUUCAGUGCAGCUUGCUCCCCAACUUUUCAAGGCUGGAGAUCUAAAACAAUUCUUGGCAACAAAAAGCACCCAUUUCACAGAACUGGUAAUGCUCAGAAACCUCUCCCAAACAGGCAAAACAUCUACACCCUCCCUCCCGAAAUAAAGCACAGAAAAAAGGAGGCAACUUCCCCAACCCCAUUCAAUUAAAAAAAACAUUUUAGAGUGGGGGGGGGCUUGGGUUUGAAGGUGCUGUAGUGCCCAGGUGCCAUGUUGAGGACUGCUAUAUACUGUACUGGACUCAAGGUCUUGCUGUGCUGCCAUGUGCUUUUUAAAAUAGGUACUUGGACAUCCUAGGACUGUACCAACACAACUGUGGGUGUAUUUUCUAUAUAAAGAUUGGGUUCUGACUCUGUCCUUCUGAAUCAUCCAGAUUUGGUCAAAUGUGGGCCAUUCCUUUAGGGUGCUCCUAGGCUCCUUUAUUAGGUCUCAUAUCAGUACAGUGUUACCUUGGUUUACAAACUUAAUCCAUUCCAGAAAUCCAUUCUUAAACCAAAGCGUUCUUAAACCAAGGUGUGCUUUCCCAUAGCAGUGGGGGACUCAAUUUAAAAAUGGAACACACACAACAUGUUCUGCUUCCAAGGCAACGUUCACAAACCAAAACACCUACUUCUGGGUUUGCAGCAUUCUUUCAUCCAAGUUCAUAAACUAUGCUGUUCCUAAACCAAGGUACCACUGUAUUUAAAAACAUAACUAACGACCAACACAAUCAAGAUUCUGUACAGAAACUAUCAUUUGGAAUGGGUGGGUACAAACUGACAGAACAGACACUUUUAUGCAACGCAGUUCACUUGCAUCUAAUUGUCUGGAGGGGAUCAAUAAAUAGUGGAAAGAUCUGAUGUGGAAGAUUCUGCUUCACAUUAGGCCAACCAUAAAACAGCAAGUGCUAUGCAAUAUGCAAAGGGCUGUGUCUGGAAAACAUGGGACUGCCUCCUUGAGUGUGUUCAAUGUGCCCAAUGAUAACUGCUGUGGCAAUGCUUUCCUAAUUUAACAAGAGUUGUCUGAUGGAUGACUGCAUGGAAAUAAUUAUGUGGGAGAAAGGGAGUACUAAAAAUGGAACACAGCCAACUGGAUCUUGGCUUGCAAACCCUUUUUAAUCUCCAGGGAGCUCCAUUACAUGUAGCUAUUGGGUAGCGUUCUUCUUGGUUGAAGGCUGCUGUUCAAAGGGUGGGGAUGAUGAGGCUUGUGUGUACAGUGCAAAGAGCACCUUUCUUGGUGACGUUGGCAGUUACUCAGAGGAAUCCUUAGCAGUUUCAAACGUCAUCUGAAUGAUCUCCUGGCAGAGAAUUUCCCUACAGAUUCCAUCCCUAGUUUUAUGUUGCUCAGUUCUUUCAAAGCUGGAAACAUGCCUCUGUCUAAGAGCAACCUCCUUCGGUCUCCCUGCAGCAGGAAGCUCUGCAGAAACCUCUUUGGACCAGUCGAUCACGACCAGCUUCAAAAGGACUUCCAGUCUUUGAUGAAGGCCCAGCUGGAGGAGGCUCGGCAGAAAUGGAACUUUGACUUUGAAUCGGAAACCCCACUUGAAGGGGACUAUAAAUGGGAAAAGGUCUCUCAUCGAAACAGGAUGCCUUCUCAAGAUCUGCUGAGCCCCACAAAGGAAAACAGUUGUGAAAAGGCUUGUGAAAAGGGCUUGAGCUCCCCAGUGCUUCUCAAGAUGCACACAAAGACAGACAGGCCAAUGCAAGUGGACUUUGAGGCUCGCAAGUCUGGCUCCCCGAGGUCUUCCAAGCGAAAGCAGACAACUAUCAAAGACUUCUACAGCUCCAAGCGGAGAACUGUCCCCUGCAAGUCAGACCCAUGAUAACUACACUGCAAGCAAAAUGCAUCCACGCAGUCUCUGGGCUAAAGGAGCUGACCUGCCUUCACCGCUAUUAGCUGGAAUGGCCAACUUGGACACGACACUCAGUGCAGGCAGCAGACUUGACUGUUUGAAGGAGCAGCUAGUUAGAGUAAUGACUUCUGCUCUGAGGCUCUUACUUUACAUAAAAAACUAUGUAGCGGACUAGUGUAACACUUCAGAAGGAUGUAGAAUUAUUUUCCUUAUUUAUGAUGGCACUGGAGCUUUAUGUGCAAUGGAAUAUAUUGUAAAGCCUUAUCCUAAAAUAGACUUAAGUUGCUGGGGGAGAUGCUUAAGCAUGCUGGCAAGAGGGAAGGAUCAGUGCAAGUACUGCUUGUGGCUGAGACCUUUCAUACACCUGUCUCAGGUAUGAGUCACUUUGCAGGUGCAAGGUCUGAAGGGUUGUAUUUUCCUAGGUCUGUGAUCUUGCUCUGUGUGUGUGUGUGUGUGAUGCUUUUUGUCCUGCUAGGUUUAAAGGAAUAUGGUGAGGGGGAAGAAAAAAAGACUUCCAAUCCAGAAAGCUAAUCCAUUCAUUUUUACAAAGAUGAAGAUCUUCCUAUUGUGGGCAGUAGUAUCACAAAUCAGUACCAUUACUGUUGCAGGAAGGAUUCCAUUAUCAGACAAUACUGAAUAGUGUGUGAGCACUGUAACUUCCUUUCCCCCUCCUUAAACUAUCGAAUAAUGCUGUUGACUCAAAUCAUGCAAAUAACACUAGCCUUAGGGGGGAAAUGUAGCCAGUGGGAACCAGAUGUUUGAGCUCAGAAAUAUUACUCUACUUCUACCAUGCAGCCUGCAGGCACAUAUUGCCAGCAUAGCGACUCAUCCAUCCUUCGACAGCAUACAACCUUUGGUAUGGUACUAAUUGGUGAGAAUAUUGUGGGAUUUGAGUUCCCAGUGAGUGCUAGCGAGGCUUGAUAAGACAUGCCCGCGGAGUUUCCAUCUCCUCUGGAAACAUGGAUCACUUGUGACAUCUCUCUCUAGCAUGAAAUAACGAUAAAGGAUUUAACUUGUGUUGCUUUCCAUGCUUUCUGCAGCUACCUGUGCUCUUGGCUAGCUUUCCUUUACCCUUUUAAAAUUGGAAAGUAAAUUGCUUAAAGCUUAAGCACAUCUACUUGGUGUGAGACAAUUAAACUCACAGCUGUUCCUGUCUGAAUUUGGGACCGAUACUUCAGUCAUUACUGGCAUCUUAUUGCCAAAAGCACCACCUGUUAAAAUUGGGUGCAGUGUUUAACACUGGAAUCUGAAAUGUAGCCUUUUGCCAUGUGCAUGUCAAAUCUGACUUUCAUGUGAAUCAUCACUACGUUCCAAGUCAAAUCUAACUUUGCCUUUCUUGUUCUAUCCCUUUGCAACGGGUUCUUUACCGCUGUGCUGCUGGAAUAGCACCCGCUGCUGAAAUCUUGAAUCUUUCAUCGCGGUGUGCUUUUCGGGAGCUCUUGCUUUAUUCCAGAGGCUGGAGCUGGGUUGGAACACUUGGAACUCCUGAGGAUCGCAUUUUAGUUAAACGGAGGGUGUGCCCAAUUAACUGCAUCUGCUUUGCAAGAGCGGUGGGGAAGUCCCUACAGCCGUGGGAAAGGAUUAAUGCCAGCACAUUACUGACGGGUACAAUUUUGCCUUUGACAGACAACGCAGGAGCAUAUUCGUGCUUUGUUCGGCACCUUCAUCUUUUUUCCUCCAAGAAAAAGUUGGGUGGGGGGAGAUGUCAAGCACUUGGCCUAGUGGGUUGUUUGUUGUUAUAGGCCUGGAAUGGAGAGAGGGGGGAAAUGUAGCAGCUGAAAUUGGGAGUACUAUCAGCCAUACUGUAUUAGACUAGUUACAAACAACAACUGUGGCUUGUGAGCAAGAUGUUGGAAGAAGACCCAUCUUACCCAGAAGCACAGCUUCAGGCACUUCCUUAAGAUAGUAUGUUUGCCUGUGGAUUUCUGACAUUUUUAGAGUUGCCAUGGAAAGGCCUAGCCACUUCGGACCACUGCACUUCUACAAUUCAGGGUAUUGCGUAAUACUAGGACUCUCGGCACUAAUCCAUUUGUUUGUGAAUAUAAUGCUGCUGAACUGACUAAGUAUAGACCUUAAAAUAAAAGCUGCAUCAUAAUGGA